GUUGGCGCUGCAUAUGUGAUCACAGUGGCCUUGGGCACUUAGCUGCAUUUGCAAACGUAUACCCAUGAAGCGAACCAUCCAGUAUGUACUUGCAGGAAACCAUGACAAUGACGGCGCGGAGCUACUGCCGCGCAAAAUGGCGUCGUUCACUGGCGCCAGCAUCGUCGCUGGACGACACCACCACACCGCCGCCGAUGCGUCUCCUCCGCCCGCAUAUUCGUCCACGACCACCAACGACUUGGACGCAUUAGGCGAAGAAGGUCUCGUUCGCCUUGUCUUGACCUUCCUGGAUGUAAAGGAACACCACGUGUGCAAAUGUGUGAGCAGGCAGUGGAAAUCGCUCGUCGAAACACUAGACCUUGCCCGUCUCGACCUGAGCGUUCGAUCUCCAUUGCACUCGACGAACCUCGAAAGAGCGCUGCUUUCGACCAUCAACAGCUACGCUGACAUCCGCGAGAUCAACUUCACGGGGCAGCGAUCUCUGUGCGACCGCGACGUGCUCGUGCUCACGUCAUGCUUCUGGUCCACCCUCGAGACCAUCGUCGUCGACGACUGCCUCAACAUCACAGACUUUGGCCUGCUGGCCAUCCUAAACGCCCAAUCUCAGCGCCUCACGAGCGUCUCGUUUCGCCACUGCAAACUCAUCGCAGGUCGCUUUGCCCAGUCCUCCAUCACUGGCCAGCACCCGUCGCUGCACACGCUCGACUUUUACAACACCCGCGUCGGCCUCGGCCUCGUCCAGGACCUCGAGCGGUGCUUCCCCUCUCUCCAGCGCAUCCACGCCGCGCACACCCCGGCCCACCACGACCUGUUUCAGCAAGCGCCGUUCGUCGACGCCAAGCUCGAGUGGGCGCGCGCGGUCGCCAGCCACUUCCAUGACGGCCCAUUCCGCCUCGUGCUGGCGGACUUCACAGCAUUGGCCACCCACCUCCUCGCCACCUCGUCGCUGUCUGUGUUUGAACGAACGUUACUCACGUCUCCCACCGCCGCGUUGCUCGACGUCCCCCUCGACACGGACGGGUACACGUCGGCGCUCCUCCACGCGUGCGACAACGACUUAGACAACUUGGUGCUGCGCCUCAUCAAGCUCGGCGCCGCCGUGGACGUGACCGACAAUGACGGCGCCACGGCUCUGUGUCUGUCUGCAGCCACCGGCAGCCUCGCCGGCGUACACGCCCUGCUGACUGCCGGCGCCUGCGUCAACGCCCGGACGCUGUCCCUUGCAACUCCUCUGUACUUUGCCUCGGAAAUGGACUGGACCGAAGUCGUGGCCCACCUCCUUGCGCACAACGCGACUCCCGACGCCAAGACCACGUCCAACUCGACGGCGCUGUGCGUGGCGGCCAAAAACGGCUCGCGGUCGUCCGUGCAUCAGCUGAUCCGACAUCGGGCACGCCGCCCCAGCUUUGCUACGUUGACCAAGAAAGCUACGAUGGAGGAGCUGAUGCUGGCGCUGUGUUUGGCCUGUGAGCGUAGCCACUUGGACAUUGUGCGCGACUUGCUGGCCAUUGGACUCAAUCCCAACCUGGUCAUGGACAACGGGGUCACGCCGUUGUACUUGGCCUGCCAGAUGGGACACAAAGACAUCGUACAAGCGCUGUGCAUGCAUGGGGCGAACCCCAACUUUCGGAGACCCGCGGGGGGCGUGUCGUGCCUGUACAUUGCGGCGCAGGAAGGCAAGACGGACGUCGUGCGGCUGCUGCUGUCGUUUGGGGUGGAUGCCAACGCCACCAUGGACGACCAAAGCGCCGCGCUGCACAUUGCCGCGCGCAUGGGCCAUGUAGACAUCGUCCAAGUGCUGCAUCAAGCCACGGGCGUGGACUUGAACAUGCAGACGCGGUCGGGGCUGUCGCCGCUGUUCAUUGCGUGCGAAGAAGGCCACGGUGACGUUGUCGCAUAUUUGCUCGACAAGCAUUCAACCCCCACGACAGUGCGCGUCGAUUUGCAAACGUACAACGGCACCACCGCGCUGUUUAUCGCGAGCCAAAAAGGCCACGUCGACAUCGUCACGCGGCUGUGCGCUGCCGGCGCCGACGUCAACCUCGCCAAGACCAACGGCACACUCCCCAUCGACGCCGCCGCCAUGGCAGGGUGCGUGGCCGUCGCCGCGAUCCUCUUGAGGCACGGCGCACGAGUCGGCGGCCUCGCGCUGCACUUUGCCGAACGGAAACGAGACUCGACGCUGCAAGCGCUGCUCAUGGCGCAGUUCCACGCGCAAUGGCGGCCCCUCCGCCCCCCCUAUUGACCGCCGCCACCUCCACGCAUCUUUCCCAGUGAUGAUGCUUCCAACACAUAGAAGAAGGCACCAAGUGAGUGUCGCCCCCUGAUGUAACGUGAGGGGGCGAAAUGUACAAAUGACAAAAGCAAGUGCCAGGACGAUGUAGCAUAUAGUAAUAGACCCGUCGAUCGUUAUUGGCUACCUC